AUGGCUUAUAUAUUACCUCUUACUCCAAUUUCGCCCAUAAGUUUUACCGAAGAUAUUUUACAAUGCUCUUUAUGUAAAAAGACAUUUAAAUCUAAGCGAGGUUUAAGUCAGCAUAAAGCAAUUAUACGCCGAUAUAAUUCUUCUCGCGUAGGCUUUUACAAGCUUCCAAAAAAUUUUAUAAAUGAAUUUAAAAAAACACUAGUUUUUUUAAUUCAUCGCCAACUUCCUUGUCAUUUUACCAAAAUUGGAUUAAAGGCUGUCACUGUGGCCUGCACUGAAAUGCAUCUUUGGGGGCCAGAUGCAUCAAGUAAGCUAGCGCAGGUCUUUGGUGAUACAAAUUGGAGAACCAAAUUCUAUCAUGGAAAUAAAGUAACUUCGGUGGUGACCAAUCUUGAUGAUAUAGAUACAGAAGAAGAAAAUCCUCUUGAUCGGAAGUGA